AUGGCAUCACGUACCUUUGACUCUUCCCGCUGGACUUCAAAACGCCAACUGCUAUCCGGAAAACCCUCUACGCCUACUGAAGUCUCCAUCCACUAUAUUUCCUGCUCUCCCUCCACCAAACCUUCAAAAGGAACCAUCCUUCUCAUCCACGGAUUUCCUCAAACCUCUUAUCAGUUCCGUCAUGUCAUUACCCCUCUAGCAGAAGCCGGGUACCUGGUGAUUGCACCCGAUUACCGCGGCGCAGGUUCCAGUUCGCGACCCAGAGAUGGCUACGAUAAACUGACCAUGGCCAAAGACUUGCAUACAUUGGUCACCGAGCACAUUGGCAUCAAAGAAAAGAUCCAUGUGGUGGGUCAUGAUAUAGGCGGUAUGAUUGCCCACGCCUACGCAACCGCAUAUCCCGCUUCUGUGGCCUCUGUUGCUUGGGGCGAGUGCCCGUUACCAGGAACCUCGUUGUAUACAUCCUACGUGGCAGAAAACACUCACGGAGGUCUCUGGCAUUUUGUCUUUCACCAACAACUCGAUGUCCCCGAACUGCUUGUCCAAGGCCACGAAGCACAAUAUCUCAAAUCUUUCUACGAUCGCCUGACCCAACAUCCCUCGGCCAUCUCUCCCACCGAUGCACAAAUCUACGCAACCCAAUUCUCGCAACCCGGUGCCAUGAGAGCGGGCUUCGACCUCUACCGCAGUUUCCACAAGGACUUUUCAGACAACGAGACCAUGCUCAAAAAAAACGGAAAGAGCAAAGUGCCUUGUUGUGCACUGUGGGGAGAACUGAGCUCCAUGAUUGAUGAGAUUGCCGAACCCCAAGCUCGAGAAAUGUAUCAACAUGUAACACUGGCAAAAGUAAAGGGCACGGGUCACUGGUGUGCAGAAGAGAAUCCAGAGAGUUUUGUAACCGAGAUUUUGGGGUUUGUGGGCGCCCAAGCAUUGUAA